AUGAAGUCCAAUAGUGUUGAAAGCAACAUAGGUGAAAGUUGGAAUGGUGUGAUUGUGAAGCACAUAGAACAGAGGAUAAUAUAUAUGCUGGAAGGGAUAAGAGGCUACAUGAUGGUUCAGAUGAAGAAGAAGCAUAGAAAGUUUCAAAGAAACAGACGACUGAUAUUUCCUCUAGCUUUGACCAUCUUGGUUGAGGAGGAUGUGAAUGCAAGGAAGUGCCAUGCACGUGCUAGCACCAACAAUAUGAUUGAAGUGCGUAAUGGGAUAUCAUCAUAUGCUGUUGUUUUAUGUAGUUGUUCUUGUGGGGCUUCGGAACUGUCUGGAAUCCCUUGGUGCCAUGCUCAGUUGUCCAUUGGAUUGAUGAGACUCACUGUUAAUUAUUUUGUUCAUGAGUGCUACCUCGUGUCAACUGCUAGGAAGGUAAAUGCUUGUGAAAUGCCAUGUAUGGGCGGACCACAAACUUGA